UCUUCCCUGGGCUGGGCGCGCGCUACCCCGCGUUCAGCUGCUGCUGCUGCUGCUGCUGGUCCCCGUCGGGGCCGGGGCGGGAGCGGGCCUGGAUCGCGCUGCUGCUGCAGGUCCUGCCGCCGGGGCCCGGCCACCGCACCGCCGCCAGGAAGGGCUCGAGCCGCCGGCAGCCCGCCCUGCCUGCCUGCCUCCCGGCGCAGGGGCCGCAGCUCCGGCGGGGCGGCGCGGCGCGGCGCGAGGAUGUACACGGCCGGCCUGGCGCCCUUCUACGCCUCCAACUUCAGCCUGUGGUCAGCGGCCUACUGCGGGCCGGGCGCGGCCGCCUGCUUCCCGCUGGAGGCCGGCGGCGGGAAGAAGCCUUCCUUCUGCAUCGCCGACAUCCUGCACGCCGGCGGGGCCGAGGCGGCGGCCGACAGCCUCCCCGGAGCCUCCCCCGCCAGCCUGGCGGCGCACCUGGGCGCCGUGCCCCCCCGGCCGCCCUUCCACGCCGCCGGCUCGCCGCUGCGCCCCACGCCCGUGGUGGCCCCGGACCCCGCCGCCGCCUUCCCCUCCCGCCUGUCGCCGCUGCCCGCCGCCUACCACCCCCAGCACCACGCGGCCCCGCAGCACCGACCGGCCGGCGGCGGGGCCCGGCUGCACGGCAGUCCCACGCCCGGCGGCGGGGCGGCGCCGGCCCCUUCCAGCAAGGACCUGAAAUUUGGGAUUGAUCGCAUUUUGUCCGCGGAGUUUGACCCCAAAGUCAAGGAAGGCAACACGCUGAGAGAUCUGACCUCCUUAUUAACUACAAGCCGCCAAACUGGGGUUCAUCUCCCCACCUUGCAGCCUUCAGCCAGCCAGUUCUUCGCGUCUCUAGAUCCCAUUAACGAGGCCGCUACUAUCCUGGGUCCCUUAAACACAAACCCAAGGAGUUCAGUUCAGCACCAGUUUCAAGACACUUUUCCAGGUCCCUAUGCAGUUUUAACCAAAGACACGUUGCCUCAGACCUACAAAAGGAAACGUUCCUGGUCCAGAGCUGUUUUUUCCAACCUGCAGAGGAAAGGCUUAGAGAAAAGGUUUGAAAUCCAGAAAUAUGUCACCAAGCCGGACAGAAAACAACUGGCAGCGAUGCUGGGACUAACGGACGCCCAAGUGAAGGUGUGGUUCCAGAACCGGCGCAUGAAGUGGCGGCACUCCAAGGAGGCGCAGGCCCAGAAGGACAAGGACAAGGAGCCGGCCGAGAAGCAGGGCGCGCUGCCCGCCGCCGCCGCCGCCGCCGCCGCCGGGGAGCGGGAGCCGAGCCACAGCCGCUCCGAGGGCGAGAGCGACAGCAGCGACGCCGAGUCCCUGGACAUGCCGCCCAGCGACGCGGAAAGGACUGAGGGCGCCGAGCGGCCCCUGCCCCCGCCCCCGCCGCAGCCCGGCGUAAUCAUCCAGCCCUCGGCCAGCCCCGGCCUGCAGUCCCCGGCGCCCAGCCCCGAACCGCCCCCCGCCGGGCUCUAGACUGUCCGGGCCGGCCGCGGGGUGCGGGACCCCCGGGCUGAGCCCGCCCCGCCCCGCCCGCGCCGGGCCCCGCUCCCUGUAAAUAAAACGUUUGCUACGGUUUGUAACCGGGCCUGGCGUCUUGGCAGCGGCCGGGGCGCAGGCGGGAUCCCCGCCGCCCCGUCCAGGCGGGACCCGGCGGGGCGGCAGGGCUCCUCGGCACGAGGGAGCGGGAUCCCGGCCCCUGCGGAUCCGCGGGAGCAGGCCCCGCACGUGGAGCCGGGCAGGGAAGGGGGGGCACAGCCGGGGGCAGGGCACGGAGGAGAAGGCGGCAGGCGUGGGGGAAACGAUCUCGAGCAAACGAGCCGCUCCUUCGGGGCUAGGAAGGGAAGGGGGAUUUUCGCCCCUGACUCCGGCCGCGUCUCGGGGCUUCAGGCCGAGUCGCUCCAGGGCUGCCUUGCCCCGCAGGAGGCUGCAGGGGUCCGGGGUGCCUCAUCCUGCGCAGCUGGAGGGGCCCGAUCCUCGUCCCCACGGAGGCCCACGGGCCUGGGACCAUCACCUCCUUCGAGGGCAGCGAGAUCGGGCUCCUGCUGCUCCAGCCCGGCUAAAAUAAUUAGCAAGGGGUGUGUGUGUGCGUGUCUUAGAAAGCAACAGGAGUAGCUACCGUGCCACACACUAUCACCCCAGACCAGUUGCUUCCUAUGUCUUUGUGCCUCCUGCACUUUCACAUUCGUGAGGCCGGAGGCAGAAUAAAUGCAGGGAGCAGAAGAGCAGCGAGGUCCUCGCGCCUGCAGCAAAAAAACCCUCCCGGGGGUUUCAGUGCAGGGCUGUGCGGUGGCAGCACACGGCUCUGUUUGCAAACAACGCUGGCUUUCCAAACCCAGCAAAUAAUAUCGCGGUUAUUUAUAGAGCUGCUGCUGCUGUUGUGUAUAUUAGGUCCCUGUUUAUUUUAAAGCACCGGGUUUAUAACUUCCGCUAAAAAAUAAGGGAAGAAAUAGCCCGAAUGCUCAGCAACGACUUCGACCGUGUUUAUUUUUAUUCGGGCAAAGCCGUGUCACGCGGCUCACAGAUAAACACGUUUUGGUUUAUUUUC